UUAUAAACUCUAUUUAAGCUUUUGUCACAAUUUUCUUCUUCAUUCAACUUUCAUUGUUGCUGAUAGAUCUCUCUCUCUCUCGCCCAAACUUCACUCAACCAACCACAACCAUGGCAAACAUGGAGAAUCUAGAUGCAAAGAUAGAACAAUUGCUCAACGUCGAGAAACAAAUGCGUCUCGCUGGCGAAAUAGUCGGCACUAGAAAAGCUGCAAUCGACAUAUUGCAACUCUGUUUUGAAGCCAAAGCAUGGAAAACCCUAAAUGAUCAGAUCGUCGUUUUGUCUAAACGACGCGGUCAGCUAAAGCAGGCUGUAACAGCUAUGGUACAGCAGGCUAUGCAAUAUAUUGAUGAGACACCGGAUAUUGAAACUCGUAUUGAACUUAUCAAAACAUUGAACAGUGUAUCUGCUGGGAAGAUAUAUGUUGAGAUUGAGAGAGCUAGGUUGGUCAAGAAACUCGCCAAGAUUAAGGAAGAACAGGGGCUUAUAGCUGAGGCCGCUGAUUUGAUGCAAGAAAUUGCGGUGGAAACUUUUGGUGCAAUGGCAAAAACUGAGAAAAUUGCAUUCAUUCUCGAACAAGUUCGAUUGUGCCUAGACCGCCAGGAUUAUGUCCGUGCGCAAAUACUCUCAAGAAAGAUAAGUCCAAGAGUAUUCGACAUAGAUGCAUCUAAGGAAAAGAAAAAGCCCAAAGAAGGUGAUAAUAUGGUCGAAGAGGCUCCUGCAGAUAUUCCGUCUCUACUGGAGUUGAAGCAGAUUUAUUACGAGCUAAUGAUUAGGUAUUAUUCCCACAACAAUGAUUAUCUUGAAAUUUGCCGCUGCUAUAAGGCAAUAUAUGAGAUUCCGUCCAUCAAAGAAAACCCUGCUGAUUUUAUUCCUAUCCUGAGGAAAAUAUGCUGGUGCUUGGUUCUAGCACCACAUUCACCGAUGCAGUCCAGUCUUUUAAAUUCCACCUUGGAGGAUAGAAAUCUAUCUGAGAUUCCAAACUUCCAGCUACUUUUGAAGCAGCUGGUCACCAUGGAAGUCAUCCAAUGGACAGCUCUUUGGGAGACAUAUAAGAACGAGUUUGACAAUGAGAUGGUCUCUGGAAAGUUUUUGAGUGAAAAAGCAGCUGAAGAUCUGAAACAAAGAAUUAUUGAACAUAACAUUCUUGUUGUAUCGAAAUACUACGCAAGGAUUACUUUGAAGAGACUUGCACAGCUUUUGUGUCUCAGCCUAGAGGAAGCUGAGAAGCAUCUGUCCGAUAUGGUUGUUACCAAGGCUCUGGUUGCAAAGAUUGACAGACCAAUGGGAAUAGUCUGUUUCCAAACAGCAAAGGAUAGCAAUGAUGUACUUAACUCAUGGGCAGCAAACUUGGAGAAGCUGCUUGAUCUUGUGGAGAAGAGCUGUCAUCAAAUACACAAGGAAACCAUGGUCCAUAAAGCAGCUUUGAAGGUUUAAGAAGGGGGUUCCUCAAUACAUGAUAUGGACUGAAGCAGUUGGUGAGGAAUAACAUUAAACAAUUGUCUGUCUCUUCAAAAAAAAAACAUUAAACAAAUUGUCUCCAAUUUAUAUUUUGCCAUUCUUGCGUUCAGGGUAGAUAUGAUAUGAUGAUUCUUAGUGCUGAAAGUAGCUUUGUUGUAUACUACUUUUAAAUACCUUUUUUUCUUUUUUAGAAUUACUGUUAAAUACCUUACCACCGACUUGGACAAGAUCCUAAACGGUCUUGUUCGUAGUUAGUGGCAAGAAGUUGAUUGCUUGUUCUUCAUAUUCUUUCGUUUGGUCAUAUUUCUGCUUUCA